CGGUUUGGUCUAUACCGGCAUCCGCUUCGUCCUCCAACCCUCCUAGACCGGGACCCUGCCCUUCCCUCCUGCCGCACCUUGCUGCCCCAUCUCUGCACGGCGACGUGUGAUAUUGCAAGGAACAGCGCAGGGGGCAGGGAGAUAUCGGACCGGCCGUCUCGGUGUUGCAAGCAGCACUCUUGUUUUGAGGCUGAAGAACAAAAUCUCGCUGCGGUUCCACUUGAUUGUCAGGCCAGGCCAUUCAUGCCGUUGGCGUGCUGCGGUGUUUAAAGUACUCCCAUCUGUUUCAAGGCAGGCUAUGGAGGGGAGGCAGUGUAGUAAAGCUAUGUUUGGUGAAGCAUACUGUUUGGAUUGCAGUCUUUGAGAAGAUUUCUGGGAAACUUCGCAGCCUAGAGAGAGAAGGUAACGCUUUUUGGGCCCUUGCCCAAUAGGGAAGAGGGGUAAUCUCUUGAACCCUUGGGCCCAAGGGAAGAGUGCCAUGGGGGGAGGAACGAUUCAGAGGAAUAAACCACACAAAGCUCGGUAUGCAACAAAGGGGCAGAGAAAUUCACAUUUCAAAGCAAUCAAGCAUGGAGGGGCACCAUUCAAGGGUGGGAUGCCCAAUCGACAGGUGGCGAAAUCGCAGAGAAUCCAAAGGGCAAAGACUCUGCGAGACCAAAAGCGUGCUGAGCUGUUGCAGGAGAAGCGUUCAGGUGGUGUGUCGUCUGGAUGCGCUCCCAGGAUUGUGGCCCUCAUCGGCCUCUCUGCGGAGCUGAACAUGCGAAGUGUGAAGCAGAGGUUUCUGUCGUUGUGUUCUGCAGAUAGCAGUGACAUUGCGGAAGCCAACCUGGCGACUGCAGCGCAUGGCGCACAGCAGGUGCAGGAUUGGAUGGAAUAUGAUGACAAUGCGAAUGAGAUUGAAGAUGAGCAGAGAACCUCUGGGAAUCAAGAGGGCUAUGAUGAUCAAGGUCUGAUCACACUGGUGAUGGCAAGACACCGCACACGGGUCUCCGUCAUCGAGGCUUCGUCGAAGGACAUCCUGCGAUCCCUGGAGAUUGUCAAGAUAGCCGAUAUGGUUCUGUUUUUUGUGCCAGCUGUGCCGCGUGCCAACAGCGGGUGCAUUGACAAGUCAGGGAUGGAUUGCCUCACAGUGAUGAGGGCUCAAGGCCUUCCUGUGGUGUGCGGUGUGAUUGUCGGAUCCAACAAGGCUGUGGGGAAGAAGAUGGGGGAAGCGAAGAAGGCGGCCAUAGCUGCUGUUCAUGGGCAGCUGACUAGUGACGUUAAAGUCUUUGCGGUGGAUUCUAACGAUGAAUGCCGGCAAAUGUUGCGUCAUGUGGCGGAACAGCGGAUAAGCUCACCGUCGUGGCGCAGUCAAAGGCCGCAUGUGGUCACCGAGAAGAUUGAAAUUCUGGCGACUGAGGAAGAGGCAGCGUUGGGCAGUAAAGAGAGACCAGGGGGGGAGCAGCGGGAGGGUGGUGGUGGGACAGAAACUUCUACUUGCCGGCUCUUUGUUUCGGGCUACCUUAGAGGUCGUGCCAUUUCAGUGAACCAGCUUGUACAUGUUUCAGGUUUGGGAGACUUCCAGAUGGAAAAGAUAGAGGGUCCACCCGAUCCCAUCCCGCUGAAUCCCCGCAGUGGGAAAUCUGCUGAAAGACAGAAGGCUGUCAACGGGGAGGCGGCAGACAUGGCUGUCGAUGUGGGGAUUGAUGUGGAAGCUGCAUCCGCGGGGAAAAUAAGGGUGUUGGCGGAGGCAGACCCAGCCAUUCGUGAACCCUUGGUUGUGGCCAACACACCAGACCCUCUUGCAGGGGAGCAGACAUGGCCGACAGAGAGUGAACUCGCAGAGGCAAGUGAAAGGGCAAGGAAGAUGGGGAAGGCGCUAAGGAGGAAGAGGAGAUUGAAGGGACUGUCCGACUACCAGGCUGCUUGGAUCGUUGACUCUGACGAUGACGGUGAAGGGAGAGGCGAUGAGGAGGAAGCUGAUGAUAUGGAGAGGCUAGAUGGGGAUGAGGGGGAUGGUGAGGACCGAGCAAGCGGUGGCGACUUUGACAUGGAGGACGAUGGAAAAGGCGAUGCUGAAAGUGAGAUGUGGACCGACGAGCAGACAGGCACUGAUUUAAUGGAUGGCACUGAAGAUGGUGAAGAUGGAAUGACUCCAGCACAGAGGGAGGCGGAGAUUAAGCGCCUUAAGGCUGCUGCGCGGGAGGAUGAAGAGUUCCCUGAUGAGGUGGAUACACCCACGGACAUCCCAGCAAGAGAGAGAUUUGCCAAGUACAGAGGAUUAAAGUCAUUCCGCACGAGUCCGUGGGACCCCAAGGAAUCUCUUCCACGGGAGUAUGCCAAGAUAUUUGCAUUUGAUGAUUACAAGCGGACGCUCAAGCAUGUGCAUGCUAAAGCAGACCUUGUGGAUCGUAUGGAGGUCCCUGGGACUGUGGCCCCGGGGACGUACGUACGGCUGCAUGUUGUGGGUGUUCCCCGUGCAGCCGCUGAGGCACUCAUCAGCAGGACCGUCGGUGUAGGUUUGCCCGCAAUGGCGGUCGGGUUGCUGCAGCACGAGUCAAAGAUGUCAGUCCUCCACUUCAGCCUGAAGAAGUGGGAUGGUUGCCGUGAGCCAGUCAAGUCCAAGGAAAAACUGACGUUCCACAUUGGGUUUAGGCAGUUCUCUGCACGUCCUAUUUUCUCCUCAGAUGACAUGCAGAUGGAUAAACACAAGUUUGAGAGGUUUCUGCACCCAGGAAGGCAUGUUGUGGGCUCAAUCUUUUCGCCGAUCAUGUUCCCACCUGCCCCUGUGCUCGUCUUCAAGGAGAGGAUGGGAUCUAGGAGCGCAGCGGGCGAGGAUGGAGUGAGCAGUGUGGUAAGUGGGGCGGGCGUAUCUGCAGAUGGCAAUGAUGAGAAGGGAAUGCGGAUGGGGACGGGGCAGGAGCCACAGCUCGUGGCUACGGGAGUUUUGCGAGGCCCAGACGCUGAUCGUAUUAUUUUGAAGAAGAUUGUGCUAUCGGGGUAUCCACUGAGAGUGCACAAGAAGAAGGCAGUUGUCCGGUUCAUGUUCCACAACCCGGAGGAUGUGCGAUGGUUCAGACCCCUUGAGCUCUGGACCAAGUAUGGGCGACGGGGAAGGAUCAGAGAGCCUGUCGGUACCCAUGGGAAUAUGAAGUGCAUGUUUGAUGGCAUCCUGCAGCAGCGCGAUUCUGUGUGUGUCAGCUUAUACAAGCGGGUGUACCCCAAAUGGCCUGAGAAUGACGAAGACGAGAGGAACAAGUCGGGGAGGUGAUCGUGGAGCUCAGUAUGAGAGCCAAUAUUAAGGAUGAAGGAUGUAGCAGCGGGAUGACUACGAGUUGCCUCAGCUCGCAGCUGUGCCUUGUUUGCUUAGCACAGGGGAGAGGAGUGUAGGAGGGUGAAGAUGAGGGAGGCUGCUCGGGGGCUUAUAACGCCUGAAGUUUUGCUGGUUUUGUGUUGCACGAUGAAGAGGGGGGUACUGUAGACUUGAAAUAAGGGAGGCUAGAUAGAGGUGUUUUCUUUUCCUGGUGGAAAGCCUUCUUGGUUCUUUCCAGGUACUGUUUGCUCGUGUUUAUAUCUACUUGCAAUGGCUUGCUGCCUCAUUGCAUACAAUUAGUAGCAGCAGGAUGGAUGGAAACGGUUAUGUUCGCUGCGUUGAUGCUGGGAGGCAGCAAACCUCGUUUGUCAAUGGAUGUUGCUCAAAAUCUGGUCGAUACAUGAUUGUUCUCAAGGGCCGUGGCAAAGAUUCUUUUGGGGAUGUCUGUCGCUUCAUGUUGAUCGUUCAAUAGCCACGUCA